AUGGAGCUUCCUGUCGAAGAUUACCGCCGGUACGGACGGCAGAUGAUCCUCGAUGGAUUCGGUCUCCCAGGUCAGCUCAAGCUUCAGAAUUCCUCCGUCGUCGUCGUAGGCGCUGGUGGACUCGGAUGUCCAGCCCUUCAGUACCUCGGUGCAGCAGGAUUUGGCAGAAUAGGCAUCAUCGACCACGAUGUCGUAGAAGUAUCUAAUCUACAGCGUCAGAUUCUACACAAUGAAAGCACCCUUGGACUUCCUAAAGUUGAAUCUGCAGCACAGUCGCUUCGACGGCUGAAUUCUCGCCUCAACCUGGACGUGAUAAUCGAGGCCUUGACACCACAAAAUGCCCUCACCCUUUUGCAACCGUACGACAUCAUCCUCGACUGCACAGACAACGCGCCGACACGGUAUCUACUCUCGGACACUGCAGUCGCGCUCGGUAAACCACUCGUCAGCGGGGCUGCUCAGAAAUUCGAGGGACAACUCUGUUGCUACAACCUUGGUCCCGACGGUCCUUGUUACCGGUGUCUGUUCCCGACACCCCCAGCCCCAGAAACAGUGGGGACAUGCGCAGAAACAGGAAUUCUGGGUGCAGUAACUGGAGUCAUUGGCAAUAUGCAAGCACUAGAGGCAAUCAAAAUCGCUACUGGUUUACACGAUCAGAAACCGUCUCUCCUCAUUUUCUCCGCGUUGGGUUCACCCCCGUUCCGUAGCAUCAAACUUCGGUCGCGCAAGGCUAGUUGUCCUGCGUGUGGAACUGAGGGAGAGAAGGUUGGUGCAAUCAGAGAUAUCGACUAUGUUCAGUUCUGUGGAGGCGCUGCUCCGGACUGGGAGAGCCGCGGGAUGGUUGAAGGACUGUCCGACCGGCGAAUACGCGUUCGAGACUUUUCUGACACGGUAGCAAAGAAAAAGGUCAAGAUUAUCGAUGUUCGACCUCCGACAGAAUUUGGGAUCUGUCGAUUACCUGGUUCAAUAAACGUUCCUCUCAACGACCUUGUUGCUAACCCUGCCGAGCAGCUUCCAAGCGAUAACGAAACGGAAAUAUAUAUCGUCUGCCGCCUAGGCAAUGAUUCACAAAUAGGCGCCGAUGCCCUACGGAGCGUUCGAAACGAUGGCUCCAUGACCAUUAAAGAUGUUAUUGGCGGUCUCCGUGCUUGGUCAAGAGACAUUGACACAACAUUUCCAGUGUACUGA